AUGCUGAUGCUAAUGCACACGGUUUUCCUGUUUUUCCUCAUAUUCGUCAAUCCAGUUGAAAACCACGAAGACUCCAGCAUGUUCGACAAAAUCAAAUCCGGAUUUAAAAUGGCCGGGGAGUUCUUUUCGACAGACCACGCCAGUAAAGUUGCCAAUUUGGUGAGCAAUGCGCUCGGCAGAAAACCCAAUCGGGAUAAGAACGAGGAAAAUUCCAACAUUUUUUCGGGCUUCAUGAGACUCUUCGGCUUCGAAUCCAGGCAAAUUACAGCCAUAGCCAUUAAUACAAUCAUAUUAAUAGCGAAAUUAAUCGGCUCUUCCUUAAAUUCGCCAUUGAAGCAAAAGUCGCCGCAAAUCGAGGAGGACAAGCCCUUCGAGUGGAUGUUGAAAAGUGCCGGGGUGUCCCACAUAAUCCCCGACACCGAGAAUAUGAAUCUUUCGGAGCACGUCAUCGAUUACAUCACCGAAAGGAGCCUCGACGAGGAAACUGGCUGCAUACAACUCUUGAUUUGCAAAAUAAAGCCCUUUAUAAGGGAAAUGCAAAGGGCGCUCAAGGAAAGAGGCCGAAGCGCUGCGAAAGGCUUCAAUUUACUCUUCGAGUACUUUCCCAAUUCGAGUACAAUAAUCGAUAAUGGCUACAAAUGCGAAAAGAAAUAUUAUUAUUGCAGUGUUCCUUUAUGAUAAAAUUCGAACGAAGGAUAUUGUGUUAUAUGGGUAAGUGCAAAUGUGUUUGCAAUAUAGUCAAUUCUAUGAGUU